CAGAGAACGUGCGUAUUUUAAAAACAAGACAACGGUCACACUGCUGUACCAAUAACAAAGAACUCGUUUUUUCUACAAGUAACGGCCAGUUAAUAGCUCUAACUAACUAACCAGACCGAUUAGGGAUCUCGCAAAAAAUGUCGGUCAGAAGAGCAACCCAUGCAGGCAGCUGGUACACGGACUCGGGCGCCGAGCUCUCCGGGCAGUUGGAUCGUUGGCUGGGUGCCGCCGAUUUGUCCCAUGGACCGGCUCGUGCCAUCAUUGCUCCACAUGCUGGAUAUACGUACUGUGGAGCCUGCGCUGCCUUCGCCUAUCGCCAAGUUAGCCCAGUUGUCGUCAAGCGAAUCUUCAUACUGGGUCCCUCGCAUCAUGUGCGUCUGCGUGUCUGCGCCUUAUCCGCGGCGAAGAAGUACAAGACGCCCCUCUAUGAUCUCAAAAUCGAUUCUCAGAUCAACGCUGAGCUUGAGAAGACUGGAGAGUUUACUUGGAUGAGCAUGAAGACUGACGAGGAUGAACACUCCAUCGAGAUGCAUUUGCCCUACAUUGCCAAAGUGAUGGAGGACUACAAGGAUCAGUUCACCAUUGUGCCUAUUCUGGUGGGUUCGCUCAAUCCCGAACAGGAGGCGCAGUACGGCAGCCUGCUGGCCCCGUAUCUGAUGGACCCCACCAAUCUGUUUGUGAUAUCUUCCGACUUCUGCCACUGGGGCCAUCGCUUCAGCUACACCUACUAUGACAGCACCUGCGGAGCGAUUCACAAGUCCAUCGAGAAGCUGGACAAGCAGGGCAUGGACAUCAUCGAGUCGCUCAGUCCGCACUCCUUCACCGAGUACUUGCGCAAGUACAAUAAUACGAUAUGCGGACGCCAUCCCAUCGGAGUGAUGCUGGGCGCUGUGAAGGCGCUGCAGGAUCAGGGCUACGACAAGAUGAGUUUCAAGUUCCUCAAGUAUGCCCAGAGCAGCCAGUGUCAGGACAUUGAUGACUCCAGCGUCAGCUACGCCUCCGGAUCCCUCGUCUUCGAGAUGUGAACUCACUCAAGUAUUUUAGCCACUCGACGGCAUCUAAUUAUUGCUAUUUAAACGUAACGUUUUUAUAUUUACUAGCAUCAAAUUGAAAAUUUAACAAUAAAUCCAAAAUCUCCAACCGGUUUUAAAUUA